UCGGGCGCGCGCCCGCGCUCGGUGCAGGUGACGUCACCUUCAUCAAGCGCAGUCAGCAGCAGUGGAGCGGUCGGUCGGUAACACCGGACAGAUGCGGGUAACCGGACAUGAAUGAUAUCAUGUCUCAGCGGUGGAGGAGAGAUGUGACACUAUCAUCAGAUCAUCCAGUCAAUAACUCUCUGCUCGUGUCCGGGGUCGUGACGGUGACCCCAGAGGGACACAACAGAUCAUGGGCGACUCCAGUGAUCGCCCCAGAGACGCCCAUCUUCCUGAUGACACCUGCUGCUCAAACCAUCUCUGGGAUCUUUACAUGGACGGCUUUACUUCUCACCUGUCAGCAGAUCUACAUGCACUUGCGGUAUUAUAAUUCUCCUAAUGAACAGCGGCACAUUGUUCGUAUUCUCUUCUUUGUGCCGAUUUAUGCCUUUGAUUCAUGGCUGAGUCUUCUGUUCUUCACUAAUGAAGAGUUUUAUGUUUACUUUGACACGGUUCGUGACUGUUAUGAAGCGUUUGUGAUCUAUAACUUCUUGAGUUUGUGUUAUGAGUAUCUGGGUGGAGAGAGCGCCAUCAUGGCAGAGAUCAGAGGAAAACCAAUCCAGUCCAGUUGUGUGUAUGGCACAUGUUGUCUAUGGGGCAGAACGUACUCAAUCGGCUUUCUGCGCUUUUGUAAACAGGCGACGCUUCAGUUCUGUGUAGUGAAACCUCUGAUGGCCGUCAUCACGUUGAUCCUGCAGGCCUUUGGGAAAUACAGAGAUGGAGAUUUUAAUGUGGCGAGUGGUUAUUUAUACGUCACCAUCAUCUAUAACAUCUCGGUCAGUCUCUCUCUCUACGCUCUCUUUCUCUUUUACUUUGCCACACGAGAUCUGUUAGAGCCGUACAGUCCCAUGCUGAAGUUCUUCAUGGUCAAAUCAGUCAUCUUCCUCUCAUUCUGGCAGGGAAUGCUGUUGGCUAUCCUGGAGAAAUUUGGUGGAAUUCCUCGGAUAAACUCCUCUGAUGUCACUGUGGGGGAGGGGACUGUUGCCGCCGGUUACCAGAACUUCAUCAUCUGUAUUGAGAUGUUCUUCGCUGCUCUGGCACUCAGACACGCAUUCACACACAAGAUCUACAUGGACAAAUCACUCAGCGCUCACGGCUGUGUUCCUGUCUAUGGUCAGUACGGUCAUUCGUCUAUGAGUAUCUCCAGCAGUCUGAAGGAGACGAUGAAUCCAGGCGAUAUGCUUCAGGACGCCAUCCAUAACUUCUCUCCUGCGUAUCAGCAGUACACACAACAGAGUCGAACAGAACCUCACCUGACCCGAUCUAACAGUACCAAUGAGAAAACAUUACUGCUCAGUUCUGAUGAUGAGUUCUGACACACACACACACACACAUAUAUACACACACAUAUACACACACACACACACACACACACACACACACACACACACACACACACACACACACACACACACACACACACACACACACACACACACACACACACACACACA